AUGGAAGCACUAGGACUUGAGGUACGAAGAUUGCAAGCACAAAUGGAGAAAAUGAAUAAGGCCCAAAGAGGGACCCCAUGUAUGACAUUGGCUUUAUAUUGUGAUAAAUGUGGUGGCGCGCAUGGAGCUCAUGAGUGCACUUUUACUUAUGAUGAUGGUUCUUAUGAGCAAGUGGAUGUCGUGGGAUACCAAAGGCCCAACGAUUUCAACUCUUAUGGCAAUAACAAUAGUCAAAAUUGGAGGCAAGGCCAAGGUUGGCAAAAUCAAACAUCUCAAAAUCAAGGAUGGCAAGGCCAAGGGCAAAGGCCUAACCAAGGAGGGCCAAGAGGGGAUAUCAAGACAACCGGGGAUAUCAAUAUAACCAAAAUCAACCAAGAGGAGGAGCAUAUAGACCACCGAUGUACCAAGGAAGCAAUCAACCACCAAGGGAUGAAGCACCUAAGGAAAGUUUUGAGGACAAAAUGGAAAGAUAUCUCCAAUUUGAGACAAGAGAAUCAUGCUUCAAUGAGAAACUUGGAAACACAAGUAGCUCAAAACUCCAAGGCAUUGGCCGAGAGACCACAAGGAGCACUCCCAAGCACUACGGUGAACAACCCCCGGGAGAGGGUACAAGCCGUGACACUUAGGAGUGGGAAAGAACUCCCGGAGCCAAUCUUGAAGAAGGGCGCCAAUUCCAAGAGUCCCAUUGAGGAGGUGACCGUUGAAGAGGUACUUGAAGAAGAAAAGGAAAAAGAAAAGGGAAAUUCACCAUUGCCUAUAAGUCCAAAGGUCACUCGAGCACUAGAGAAGGCAAAAGACAACGUAUAUGUGCCUAUGUAUCAACCACCACUUCCAUACCCCGGGAGGGUGAAGAAGAGUAUUGAUAAAACACAAUACGGUAAAUUUCUUGACUUGUUAAAGCAAUUACAUAUUAAUGUGCCUUUUCUUGAUGCUUUAGGUCAAAUGCCGCACUAUGCUAAGUUCCUUAAAGACUUGCUCACCAACAAGAGAAAGCUCGAGGACUCGGCUACGGUGUUACUUGGGGAGGGGUGCUCCGCGUUCGUGCGCCACAAGCCACAAAAGCUCACGGACCCGGGGAGUUUCACCAUUCCUUGUCAAAUCGGCGACACCGACUUUAGUCAAGCAUUGGCGGACUCGGGGGCAAAUAGAGUAGACAAGUUUAUAUUUCCUGUGGAUUUCGUCACCAUUGAUAUGGAUCCCGACCACGAGGUCUCAUUGAUCUUAGGUAGGCCAUUUUUUGCCACCGCUCGGGCCCUUAUUGAUGUGGGGAGCGCGAAGUUAGUACUCCGGGUGGGUGAUGAGUGUGCGACCUUUGAUGUCUCAAAAUUGACUAAAUAUCCGAUGGCUUCGGAUGACACAUACUACUUUGUGGACAUCUUCCAUGAGCAUGUGGAGUCAAUUUAUUCCAAUUUCUUGGGCAAAAUGAAAAAUGAUGCCCAUUUGAAGGUUUUGUGUGAUGAUAAUGGUAUUGAGUCUCUUGCUUUGGUCGAUAAAUCUUUGACACAUAAACAUGUUAGUGAUAUGCAUGAGACACCUUGUGAUGAUGAUGAAAUGAAUUUUGAUGCUAGUUUGCUUGAAUUAAAUGAUGUUGAAUUUGAGACUUUCCUUGAUAAUUGCCUUGAUGAUGCUUUAUACAUUCAUGAUUUGCUUGGUGAAGAUAAGGAGGAAAUGGAAGGAGAUUUAUGGGAUGUGUUGUUAACUAAGGAAAAAGAGGGGGAGAAGGAGAGUGUAACUAUAGAGAAGGAUGGGAAGAGUGAUCUUAAAGCUUUACCCCGAUAA